AUGUCACCUUUUCAAAAUUUCCUCUUUUUAUGCUGGAGUACAAGUCUCAUUGCCAUGUACUUAUUCCGGCGCUUCAAUAAGAACUCGAAAUCGCUACCUCCUGGCCCUUUGUCGUUACCUUGGAUAGGCAACAUAAAAUGUCUGUUUUCAAGGCCUAAUUGGAUCACGUAUACAGAAUGGUAUCGGACAUAUGAAUCUGACAUUGUCCACGUCAAUAUCGCCGGGAACUCGAUCAUUAUCCUCAACACAUUAGAGGCGGCGAUGGAGCUGCUUGAACAGAGGUCAAGUAUUUACUCCAGCCGGCCCACGUUGCGGAUGCUUAACGACCUAUGGGAAUGGUCUUUCAUCUCUAUGCCAUACGGUCAAAAAUGGAACGCUCAACGGAAAUUAUUCGUUAACAUGUUCAAUGCAAAUAAUCCUGAACAUCAUGAGCCUCAAGAACUCAAAUCAACUCGGCUUUUCCUUCUCAAACUUUAUGAAAAACCUGAAGAUUUUGUUCACCUUCUACGCAAGAUGGGUGGCUCGACCAUACUAUCCGUCAUCUACGGAUACGAUGUCGGUGCCGUGCAAGAUUCUGCUCACACCGAAAACGCUGAACAAGGAGCGGAUGGAUUCAUGCAAACAUUCAUGCCGGGUUCAUUCCUCGUGGACUACAUACCGUGGAUGAGAUAUAUCCCUUCAUGGUUUCCUGGUGCAUCUUUCCAGUGUCGGGCUCAGGUUUGGAAAGAAGCCAUGGAGAAAUUAUUGCAUGGACCGUUCGAUGAAAUGAGAAAUUCCUUUGAGGAAGGUUUGCAAUCUUGUUUCGUUUCUCGGUGUAUGGGAAAGCUCAGCGGUGAUUCGAACAUCGACCAAGAAUGGGUUAUUAAACAGACCGCAGGUUCGAUGUACCUUGCUGGUACUGAUACCACAGUCAAUACCCUUUGGAGUUUUUUUCUUGCCAUGACAAAAUAUCCUGAAUGCCAGAAAAAAGCGCAGGAAGAGUUAGAUCGAGUUGUGGGAGCCAAACGUUUACCAGAUUUUGAUGAUAGAAAUAGCUUGCCUUAUAUUCAGGCAAUUGUUUAUGAAGUAAUGAGGCAAUUUUGUCUCUUUUCAAGUUAUUGCCUUCCGACUCAAUACGUAUCCAUAGGUCUUCCACAUUUUUCUUCCGAAGAAGAUGUGUAUGACGGAUAUCGCAUUCCAAAGGGAUCGAUAGUCAUUGCAAAUGUCUGGGCCAUGUUACACGAAGAAAAGAUAUACACGGAUCCAUAUAUCUUCAAUCCCGAUCGCUACAUUCGACUUGCCGAUGGACAACUCGACCAUGAUGUGAUAAAACCUCUGGCUGGUUUUGGUUUUGGCAGGCGGGUGUGUCCUGGAAAACACAUGGCUUUUUCUGCAACCUGGAUCGCUGUUGCAUCUAUCUUAUCGGUGUUCAAUAUUUCAAAAGCCCUUGAUGCAGAUGGUGAUAUCAUCGAGCCUUCUAUGGAGUAUGACACCUCAACGUUGCAAAACCGUCCACGCCCAUUCAAGUGUUCAAUCAAAUUACGGUCCCCUGAACGCCUCCAUGUAAUGCAAACGGACGUUGACUUUGUUGAGGGUAAAUGA